UUUCUUUUUUUUUUUCUUUUUUUACAAUUUUUAUUUCGAAGCAUUACUUAACAUCAUCGUGCUCAUUUUGCCAAUGUUAACGUGGUGAGUUAUUUAAAAAUAAUGGAAAAAGGAGAAUGAUAUUAAUUACUUUCGACUGUGACAUAUAUUAAUUUCAUAACCUAUCAGUUAUUGUUGGCCAAAUUCUAACAUGCAGAUUGUGACGGUAGUUCCAUUCCUGAACGAGGAUACAAUUUUCGGACGAUUUUGUAAGGAUUGUAAAAGAGUAGGAAAGGGAAGGAGUUGUUACGAAAUUAACUGCUAUCGUGCAUCGUUUAAGCGAACGACGAUACCUAUAAAAGACGAGCAAUUAGGUGAAAACCAUGGUAUUCGGUGCGUACAGUUGACCGCAGAAUCACGCAACUGCGGUGUCUUCUUCUGUUUUGAUUCAAAUCAUUUGAAUGACUCAUCCGGAGUGAAGAAACGUACAAAGGAUUUGUCCCUGAAAGGGACACUGUGCUCCUCUGUUUUUUGAGUCUGUAGGUGCAUGUCAAUACUGUGUCCGCGAGUAUCGAAGGCGGAGCUAGAAGAAAGGUGUAACUGGAAAUUAUAAAAGAGCGGCCGGCGGCCAAGAGGAGACAGUCUCCUCCAGGUGUUCACCUGCGCGGCUACGAAUCGGGAAUUUCCACCGUAUUUUGGACAAGUGGAGAAGAGUCGAAGCUGUCUUUGCAUAAAUUAAAGAUGGGAGCGAUCGAAUGGGUGACCGAGGGGGACAACUACGAAUGCCCCCUUUCGAAGGAAACGCAGAGACUAGCCAAGGAGGAGCUGAGAGAAGACAAAAAUACGAGAGACCAGGCUCUCGAGCAGAUACGUAACUGGAUAAAGCUGAAUCCGCGUAUUGAGAACUGUCGCCUCGAUGCGCGCUUCCUAUUGAGGUUCUUAAGAUGCAAAAAGUUCAACGUCCCAAUGGCGGAAGAGGCGAUCGAAAGAUAUUUGCUGCUGCGUCAAGUUUAUCACCUUGCCUUCCAUCAUUUGGAUAUCACCCAGCCAACCAUGGAAGAGUUGUUGUCCUUGGGGCGUGUUCGAUCCCCACAAGUACACGAACGCGGACAUGUGUCGAAUUCACGCGAUAACUUACGAGUGUUUGAUGGAAGACGAGGAGAAUCAAGUACGGGGUUUCGUUCAUUUCGCCGACGGGGCUGGCGUCAGUUUCCCCCAUUUGACGCUUUUCACGCCGAAGGAGGCUGUCCGUAUCGUGAAAAACGGCGAGCGAACUAUACCCAUGCGGCAUAAGGAAGUCCACGCGAUCAAUGCGCAUCCGUCGUUGAAAUUUGCUCUCGAUUUCGGCAUGUCGCUGAUCUCUGAUAAAAUAAAGAAACGCGUGAGAAUUUACACCAGCCUGGAGGAGGCUAUCAAUCACAAAAUGGACACGAGCAUGUUGCCGAAAGAGUACGGUGGCACGAUGCCUAUGAAAGAAAUGAUCGAUCUGUGGAGGAAAGAGUUACUAGAGAUGAAGCCGACGUUGUUGACACACGAUAAAAUGAAAGUGUGUUUGGAGUUGUAUUCGGAGAAGGCGCGUGAAGGCGCGGUCUCCGCCUUGAAACAAGGUUUCGGCUGCUCCGACAUUGGAUCCACUGAUUCCACCAUGUACGGUAUCACCGGCUCUUUUCGAAAGCUCGAGGUCGACUGAGGUCGAAAUUUCAUUGGAAAUCUGAUCAUUAUUGCACUUUGAAUAACAGACGAUACUGCGCACUCUAUGAAUAGUAUAUAAGGUUAUCGAGACACGAUUAUGUCGAAACUUAAUAUAAAACGUUACUG